GCUCCUGUACAGUCUAAUGCCAGCGAAUGGUCUGGCGCAGUCUGAUGGGUGCGCUUACAUAGAGGUGUCCACUGAGAUGGCAUUAUUCUAUGUGGCAUAGUGUGUACGCGUACACCGUAGCAAGAGGAGUACGCCGAGCUUGACGACCAAAGUUUCUUUUUAUCAGCUGCAGUUGUGGUGGUGCAUGCUGGCUCUACGACGCCUGUCUGUCGCUCCCUGCUGCCAUCCACGGUGUUCUUGAGCUAUCCUCGUGCUGGCUGCGAAAGCAUUGGUAGUGGCGGUGAGUAGUCGACUGCUUGGGCGCCGUGCAUCAUGACCGCACCGGUGGGCACACUGGCUCAGGUGGCCACCUACUUGGGAUCCUCGGAAGCCGCUUUUCGACUUCUUCUCACCAUCCUGUCAGGCUACCCACUGGCCCUGGUUCAUCGUAAUUUUCUGCUGGGCAAGAGUCCCAACGCGCAGCACUUCUACUUUGCUGCCUGUGGCCUGGUGCUCUGCUGCUUCAACUAUGGCCUGGCAGUGUACCACUCGCUGCUCAACAUCGUGGUGGUGUAUGCUGUGCUCAAACUGGCUGGUGGCACACGUGCUUCGGUCGCCUUCAGCUUCAUCUUCUGCAUGGGCUACCUGGUGCUUGGAUACUACCACACAGCCACCAAGGACUACGACAUCACAUGGACCAUGCCCCACUGCAUCCUGUCCCUGCGGCUCAUCGGCCUGGUGUUUGACAUCUACGACGGCACAAAGAACCCUGAGGCGCUGCCGCACGACCAGAAGCGCACUGCCCUCGCCAAUGUGCCAACCUUUCUCGAGGUCAUGGGGCACUCCUACUUCUUUGGCGGGUUCCUCGUUGGCCCACAGUUCCCCAUGAAGCGGUACCUGGACUUUACCCAAGGCCACUUCUUCCAUGGAAAAGCUGUCAAGCCCCCCUGCAUUGUGCCGGCACUGUCUCGGCUGGCCUUGGGCCUGUGCUGCCUGCUGUUCAGCCUGAUUGGCUCUGGGCACCUGGACGAGAAGUUUAUGCUCUCAGAUGAGUUUGUGGCUCAUGGUCCGCCCAUGCGAUUCAUACUCAUGGGCAUAUGGCAGGUGGUGACACUGCACAAGUACGUUGCCUGCUGGCUACUUGCGGAAGGCAGUUGCAUCAUGGCGGGCUUGACGUACAAUGGCCAGGACGAGAAUGGCAAUGACCUCUGGAACGGCUGCGUCAACAUCUCUGUGUGGCGUUACGAGAUGGCCACUACAUUCGAUGACCUGAUUAAGUCUUUCAACAUCAACACCAACCUAUGGGUUGCACAGUACGUGUUCAAGCGUCUGCGCUUCCUGGGUAACAAGCAGCUGUCUCAGCUGAGCGCCCUGUUCUUCCUGGCGUUGUGGCAUGGCCUGCACUCCGGCUACUACGUCUGCUUCUUUAACGAGUUCAUUGUGAUGAAGUUUGAGCGCGAUGCCCUCGAGGUGAUCGAGCGGCUGCCACGCCUCAAGCAGCUCAUCUACCACCCAUACCUGCGACUGCCUCGCUUCCUCCUCCUCAAGGUUUACGUGCUGGCCAUGUUUGGAUACUGCAUCGUGCCCUUUGUGCUGCUCUCACACCAGCGCUACAUUGAGGCAUACAGCCGAGUCUAUUGGAUUGGGCACAUCAUCUACCUGAGCUGGAUGCCACUAUCAAUCGUUGUGAUGAAGGCUCUACCCAGGCCACCUCAAGCACCUGCCAAGAACGAGUGAUGCAACUCGCUCACGAGGCCCUGUUUGGUUUUCUUUUUUUAUUGGGAAGGUGUAGCUAAAUGCGAGCCUGUCAUAGAAAGGUUUGCCAGCAGUUUUGAAGCUUUGAGGAAGGAUGUACACAAAUAGUCUCCGCCAUUUGCAAACAUGACACAUUUAAUCUUCGGAUUUUUGUUGCUGCAUGCAAUGAAGUCGCAGCAUAGCUCGUACCUGAACCUGAAGUGUGUACAACAGCCAGUACUGUGCAUCAUCAGCUGGCUCUUAGCUUGCCUGUUGUUUUGUCCUGUUCUUGGGUUCAGGUGCAAACUGUGUUCCGACACAUCAAGUGGCACAUCAAUGCCAAGAUGUGCCAAUGUGAAGCAUGACUGUAGUCUUGAACAAAUAGAUGUUGCUAUGCAUUGCGACUUCUUCAUCCCCAAGUGUGCUGAGCAGCCGAGCAGCUCAUUUGUUUAGUAAAACAAUGAACAGGGCUAGUUGGUAGACGUUCAUGAUUGUAUUGCACUAAGUGUUACACUGACAGAAGAACUAAAGAAUGAACAAAAAGGAACAAAAGCUUGUGCCAUGCACAUCCACAUUUAUGUUCGUUCUUUAGUUCUUCCGUCAGCGUAAUACUAAGCGCAGUACAAUCAUAAGCACAUUUGCGCUGAGGCCACUCAAGUCUCCUCACACGAAAAUACAUCUUCAGUGUUGUGGACAACUUUUUGUUCGCUGCUGCAAGUUUGCAUGGUUGUGCUGUUGACAUUGUGUUGCUUUUUCUUGUUUCCUAUCGAGUGCCUUGGUUUGUGCCCCCUUCCUGGACCGCCGCUUUCGAGGAUGGUCACGUGGACCAAAUUGCUUGUCUAACUGAAGGGCUGUGUUUGUGCUCAGAGCUGUGAAUUCUGUCCAGGUACUUGUGCAUUGUUAUGACUAAGGUAUGGACACACUUUCUUUCGAGAUGGCUGCAUUUUGUUCUCUGGUUAUGUGGAAUAUACCAGAGGGAGCUAGAUACUUAGGUCUUUUCAAUCAGCAGUUCAUUUAGGUGCAUCGUUUUAGGAAGUGUCUCAACUUUAGCUCAGCUGAAAGUAGUGGAUCCUAUAAAGGCAGCUGAACUACUUUUAUCACAGUGCACUGGAGUCGACCUGUUCCCUGUAAAUAGAAUCGAUAGUGUAGGGCUUGGUUGCAAUCUCCACAGAGUUGUGGCUGUCUCUCGAUGGGAUACCAUGCUCGAGCAGCAAAAUGGUUCUCUCGUAGAUGCCUUGUUAUAGUGUCAGCAGAUGGGUGCAGCUAUGGUUCACUCUCAUUUUUGAGGGAUUGAGUGCUCUGUGAUGGCGGCAGCCCCUUCUUGCCUUGAGUAGGUGAAUUUUGUCUUGCUCCAGGUGGUAGGAUAUUAUCAUGAUAGUAAUACCGAGACCAGGCGUAGAUACCAUUAAAUAAUUUUCACCACCAGGACAAUGUUUUACUCUGGCCAUUGUACGAGGCAAAUGUUAGAUCACAUAUACCCGGGUGCCAUUGUGGCAAGCCUUGCACAUCAUGCAUUGGGGAGCUCACUCCUUGUCGAAGCCUUUUUCUGAAACUGGCCUGGUAUGGUGAGACUCAUUCUGUGCUUCAAUGUGCUCCGUGCCAGUAGCUUUCCAACACCUUAUGUGCACAUGCAACAUUUAAAAUUUGUACUUGGCUGCCAUGCAGUGCAAUGCAUCUGGCAGCUUGGCACUGAGUUUGCCUCAGUGCCAAAAAUGUUGACAAGCGCACAAAGCCCUUUCAUUAUGCUGGAGUGCAAAUUGAUGAUAAUGAUAUAGACAAGCUGCUAAGUGGCACUGAGUUUGCUGAACACUCACAGCAUGUUGCCCCGAUAUCAGUUUUUUUUUUUUCCUCUCAUGGUUAAUAGGCCUUUUAUUUCAUUUGUGAUGGAGUGAAAUGUGCUGGUGCUAGUUUGGACUGAACCAAUAUGUAGUCAAAAUUGCAGAGCGGCCCUGUCCAUUCGAUAAGUUCACCUUUGUAAAGCAUUGGCCUGCCUUCUUCAGGGUUUGCUGUACAGCCUGGCAGAUUUUGUCAAGAAAUAGCCUGUUGUCUCUUAGCGCAUAGACAAAGAGGCAGGACAUGUCGAUGUUUCUUCACUGACGAAGCUUUGGCACCCUUUGCAGGUGACACGCAAUAGAAAAGCAUGAAGUUUUGUUUGAAUAAUAUGCCUAUGCAAGUAUAGUGGAAAAGCAUCACAUCGUCACAUCGUUGCAAUGGCACUUGGUGACUGGCUAUGAGGCCGAGAUAGCUUUUGAGUCAAUCUUACACAUUAUUUGCUCCUUCUCACUGUCAUAAUUCUGCGUGGUGCGUUUCAAAAUUGGCUGGCGCUUGCUGUUGUUAUUAGCAUUUGUGUGGUUGCAAUUUUAAUGGCACUAGAGUUGGCAAUGCAGUGUGGGUGAUAAGGAGCAGCGCAGAAUGCCAAAAUGGUGCUGUGGCAGCUUAUGGUGUCCAUUUUCUUCAUGCAUGUUGAACCACAGCUGCCCUGCAUUGGUGGAGUAUGCUGAAGGCUUUCCUGCCUUAUUGGUUCAUUAACUUUGAUUUUGAUGCAGUUGGUUUCUUACGAUCAUAUUCAUUCUCUUGUGCAGUAUUACACAGCAUACAUGAAGGUGCCUUAAUAAAUAAUAAAAGUUUUGUUUUGACUUGUG